AUGGCUCAUGAUUCUAAGGAUCCCGACGGCGACUCCGAGAUGGCCUCCUCCGUCGAUUCUGUCCACACCGAUUCCGAUGGCGUUGGUAAUGGUGCGCGCACCCCGACACGUCAAGUUCACUUAUCGGCUACCACAGCUGCUGCCGCCGCGUCGGAACUCUCCCCUCCAGGCUCCCAACCCCAAACAAUCCCAGGCCUAUCCACAGUCGGUGCUUUGGGAUCUCUAGGAGAAUCUGAAUCUGCACAAGUGAAUGUAAAGGGCUUUGAUGCGCCCAUCGCAUCCUGGAAAACCAAGCGUGCCCAGGAAGAGUAUCAGCGGGCACUGGAGAAUGUGAUCGAUGAAGACUUCAAUUUGAGUAUGUAUAUGCAAUACUGGCAUGACUCAAUACUUUCAGCUGACGUCUAUCUCGUAGAUGAAUUCGGAGACCCAUUUGACGAGCGUGACUUGAAACAAAAGCUACUGUGA